AUGUCUUAUAGUGACUGGGGCCUUAAUAUUGCCCUCAAUAAACCAGCAUACCAGCAGUAUCCAUUGAGACCAGGUGACGACAGAUAUGACGCAAGUAACGCUGUGGACGGACGUAAAUCUAAUCUGAGCUUCGACGGUGGUCAAUGUGCUGUAUCAUUAGGCACACAAGACGCCACCUGGUGGGUGAACCUGAACAGCAUCCACAGCAUCAAUCACAUCACCAUCUACUUUGUGACUGACAAACAUGAUUCCUGGUUUCGGACGUACAUAGCAGGCCAUUUACUUGGAUUCUCCGUCUAUGUAUCCAAUACCACGGAUAGAUCACAGGGAACGUUGUGUUUCAAGGACGACAACUUCACAACAAAAACAACACCUUUUGUCUUCACAACAAAUUGUUUUGUACAUGGACAAUAUGUCAUCUACUACAACGAGAGACGACCAGGAGUUGUCUACCCUGACGGUUAUAAACGUUUUGUAUGGAGUAACCUCUGUGAAGUAGAAGUGUAUGGAUGUCCAGUAACAGGGUUUUACGGAUCUUACUGCUCCAUUCCCUGUCCUGAUGUCAACUGUCAGUACUGUCACAUAGAGACGGGCUAUAGCCAGUGUUGUAAACCUGGAUACCAAGGUCAUCACUGUGAAUUAGCAUGUCCACGUGGUUAUUUUGGAAAUAAAUGUACUGAAAGAUGCAAUGACACAUGUGCCGGAUGUAAUAAUGUGAAUGGCGUUUGCGACUCUGGAUGCAUCCCUGGCUGGAGAGGUUAUCACUGCAACGAAGAAUGUAACAGAGGAUGGUAUGGUAUUGGAUGUAAUGAAACAUGUGGACACUGUCGUAAUGAAAACCAAUGCUCCAAUGUCAAUGGAAUUUGCGAAACCGAAUGUGAUAUUGGUUUUGAAGUGGAUCAAUGUAAAACAUCUUAA